AUGGCGACCAUCCAGCCCGAUGCUGGUCAUUUCGGCAACCUCUCUGCUGAGCAAGAGAAACGCCUACAGGAAUUUUGGCGGGCUGUUGCUGGCAUAUCUGGCUGGUCCGGAAGCGGUACGGCCAUUGCGCAGAAUGCUACGAAGAAAGCUGCCGCACCGGUACCACAGUCAGAACAGAGCAGUGGCGGAUGGGGUUUCAGCAUGUUCCGAAAGAACGAUGGUGCCGAUCCUGCCGGUAAAUCUGCCGCCGAGGAAGAUAAGUUUGGCCUCAAUAAACGAUACAGUGAGAUCCUAGCCAAACAAUCGGCUGAAAGCAUCCGAGAGUCCAUCUGGGAGAUGACAAAGCACGAUCACCCAGAUGUGCUCGCGCUACGCUUUCUUCGCGCACGUAAAUGGAACGUCCAGCAAGCCCUCGUCAUGUUCAUUACAGCUGUGGACUGGAGAAAGAAUGAAUUAAAGGUGGACAGUGAGAUCAUGAAGAGCGGUGAGGCUGGCGCUCUACACGACGAGCAAAAUGGCAGCGGCGAAACGAAACAGGUGGGGGCAGAUUUCCUCGCGCAACUUCGCAUGGGAAAGAGCUUCCUUCACGGUACGGAUAAGGAGGGUCGGCCGAUUUGUGUUGUUCGUGUUCGGCUACACCAUGGCGGGGAGCAAAACGCCGAGAGUAUUGAAAAAUACACGGUUCAUGUUAUCGAAACUGCGCGUUUUCUUCUUAGUCCACCGGUUGAGACAGCGACAAUCAUUUUCGACAUGACAAGCUUCACUCUGUCUAACAUGGACUAUGCUCCUGUCAAGUUCAUGAUCAAGUGCUUCGAGGCCAACUAUCCCGAAUCCCUCGGCGCAGUACUUAUCCAGAAUGCCCCCUGGCUAUUUCAAGGUAUCUGGCGUGUUAUCAAGCCUUGGUUAGACCCAGUUGUCGCAGCCAAAGUUCAUUUCACCAAUGGUAGAACUGGUUUAGAGGAGUUCAUCACGCCAAACCGGAUCCCCAAAGAACUCGAAGGCGACGAGGACUGGGAAUAUAAAUACAUUGAGCCCGUGGAAAACGAGAAUGCCGCAAUGCAGGAUACUGCUACUAGAGACAAGAUUCUCGGGGAAAGAUCUUUGCUUGUGAGAGGAUUUGAAGAUGCUACCAGGGCUUGGCUUCGUGAAAGUGGCAGUGAGUACGGUAAGCAAGCUCGCGAAAGGCGUGAUUCCAUCGCAGCAAAAUUGAGAGACAACUAUUGGAAGCUGGAUCCCUACAUCCGCGCCAGAUCACUUUACGACCGCCAGGGCGUCAUUGGUGCUGAUGGCGCCAUCACCUUUUAUCCGGCUGCAGUGGCAUCUCAGAAAUAA